AAACAGUUCUUCCACAAAGUGAAUGAACGUUUGUCUCGACCCAAUAUAUUUAUCUUAAAUAACCGCUGGGAUGCAUCUGCUUCUGAACCAGAAUACAUGGAAGAGGUGCGUCGGCAGCACAUGGAGCGGUGCACCAGCUUCCUGGUGGAUGAGCUGGGUGUGGUGGAUCGAGCCCAGGCAGGGGAUCGGAUUUUCUUUGUGUCAGCAAAGGAAGUGCUGAAUGCCAGGAUUCAGAGGGCUCAAGGGAUGCCAGAAGGAGGUGGAGCAUUGGCAGAUGGAUUUCAAGUGAGAAUGUUUGAGUUUCAGAACUUUGAAAGAAGAUUUGAGGAAUGUAUCUCGCAGUCUGCAGUAAAAACAAAAUUUGAGCAGCAUACAGUGAGAGCAAAGCAGAUUGCUGAAGAUGUUCGUCUUAUCAUGGAUUCUGUGCAUGUUGCUGCCCAGGAACAGCGAGUUUACUGUCUGGAAAUGCGAGAGGAGCGACAGGAACGUUUAGGUUUUAUUGAUAAACAGCUGGAGCUCCUUACUCAAGACUAUAAGCGGAAGAUAAAACAGAUCACAGAAGAAGUGGAGAGACAGGUAUCAAAUGCAAUGGCUGAAGAAAUUAGACGGCUUUCAGUGUUGGUAGAUGAAUACCAAGCAGACUUCCAUCCAUCUCAAGUUGUUCUUAAAGUUUACAAGAACGAGCUACAUAAGCACAUUGAGGAAGGUUUGGGCCGUAACAUGUCGGACCGCUGCUCCAAUGCUAUCACAGCUUCCCUGCAGACAAUGCAGCAAGAAAUGAUAGAUGGUUUAAAACCCCUUCUCCCAGUGUCUUUGCGGGGCCAGAUAGAUAUGUUAAUUCCUCGACAGUGCUUUACGCUCAGCUAUGAUCUGAACUGUGACAAGCUUUGUGCUGACUUCCAAGAGGACAUAGAAUUCCAUUUCUCUCUUGGAUGGACAAUGCUGGUGAAUAGGUUUUUGGGACCAAAGAAUGGUCGUCGGGCCUUGAUGGGCUAUAAUGACCAGAUUCAACGCCCUUUAACACCAGCAAAUCCCAGUCUGCCUCCUUUGCCUCAGGGUUCUAUGACCCAGGAAGAGCUCAUGGUGUCUAUGGUGACUGGAUUGGCCUCAUUAACUUCCCGAACUUCCAUGGGGAUCCUCGUGGUUGGUGGCGUGGUCUGGAAGGCUGUGGGUUGGAGACUUAUUGCUCUUUCUUUGGGCCUUUAUGGGCUCCUUUAUGUAUACGAACGUCUCACUUGGACCACAAAAGCAAAGGAGAGAGCUUUCAAACGCCAGUUUGUAGAGUACGCUGGUGAGAAACUGCAGCUCAUCGUCAGUUAUACAGGUUCCAAUUGCAGCCAUCAAGUCCAACAAGAGCUUGCUGGAACAUUUGCUCACUUGUGUCAGCAAGUGGAUGUCACACGGGAGAAUCUUGAGCAGGAGAUUUCUGCCAUGAAUAAAAAAAUUGAAGUUUUGGAUUCACUGCAGAGCAAAGCCAAAUUGCUCAGGAAUAAGGCAGGUUGGCUGGACAGUGAACUCAACAUGUUCACACACCAAUACCUGCAACAAAGCAGAUAGUGUGAGAAGAAAAGAAAAUCAGCGGUUUCCCCUCAGUGCUCUCUUAAUUACUGCAGAGAACAUGGUGGGUGAUGGAAUCCCCAAAGGGAUAAGCAAAAGCCAGUUACUACGUUUCCAGUCACUGUGUGAACAGUAGGAUUCUGCUUUCCCGUUUCGUGUCCCACCUCUAAACACUAGCUGUUUGUAACUUGUUUUUCCUGCUUGAGAGGCUGGGCUACUUCAGAAGUAAUGUCUGCCUCAUACAUU